AUGAAGAGCACCGGCUUCUUCACCAGCUCCCCCAAGAACGUCGCUGCCUGGGCCUUGAAGUCGAAGGAACGACCAUUGACGGUCUCAUCGGCGCCAUACACCAAACCACCAAAGGGGCACGUCGUGAUCAAAGUCUACGAUGUCGCAGUCAAUCCGAUCGAUUGGAUUCUGCAAGAAGAUGAUAUCUUCAAAUCAAAGUACCCCACUGUCUUCGGUUCAGAUGCAGCCGGAGAGAUCUCCGAGGUGGCGGACGAUGUGAAAGACUUCCAGAUUGGGACCAGAGUGAUAGCCCACUGCUCCCGCGCCCCAGACUCCGACCUUCCCAGCGGCGCCACCGGAGCCUUCCAGAAAUACGUCGUAGUCCAGGCUUCAGCAGUAGCAGAACUACCCUACAAGAUUCCCUCCUCCACCGGCGUCGUCCUGCCCCUCGGAAUCUCCACAGCUUCCGCAGGACUCUACCAAAAGGACUUCCUAAACCUGCCCUACCCCGUCACAGACGACAAGCCCAAACCUCUCAACCGGACGCUCCUAGUCUGGGGCGGCAGCUCCAGCGUUGGAUCCUGUGCACUCCAGCUCGCUGUCGCAUCUGGCGUGGAAGUCGUCACGACAUGUUCUGAGAAUAAUUUUGAUUAUGUGAAAGGACUUGGUGCAGCGGCGGCGUUCGAUUACCGGGGAAAGGAUGUGGAGGACCAGGUUGUGAAGUGGUUGGACGGGAAGACGGUGGUCGGCGCCUAUCAUGCUGUGGGUGAAGGUGGUGCGCAGGCGGCUGCGAGGAUUGUGGAUCGGAGUAAAGGCAAGGCGAUUGUGGUGACGGUGCGAGGAGUGCCGGAGAAGGGGGUCCCGAGCAGUGUGAGGAUGAAAGCUAUCGGUGCCACGGCUAUCUUCUCGAACGAGGUCGGUCCCAAGAUCUGGCGGGAGUUCCUACCCAAGGCGUUGAAGAAUGGCACAAUCGUACCCAAACCAGACCCCAAAAUUGUUGGCGAGAAUCUCAGAUCGGUGCAGCUCGGUCUCGAUACGCAGAAGAAAGGUGUCAGCGCUGAAAAGGUAGUCGUGUCAUACAUAAAUUAA